CGCAGCCCAGGGUGCGUGGAGGGCCUGCAGGGCAGCCGGGCCCCUCGCGGCCUCCCCUUCUGUUUGGGGCGCUCUGAGCAUCCCCGUCCGCGGAGUUCUCCCCGUGGGGGCCCCCAGCUCGGGUGUGGGCGGCUGUGCCGGCCGGGGGUUGUAAUGCGCCCCUCUCCGCAGCUGCUCGGCCCCCGCCCCGCAUCAUGAAUCGCAGCCGCACGAGCAGCACCUCCGAAAGGGCGGCACCAGCCUUUCUCUGGGGCUGUGAGCUAAACCAGGAGAAACCCACGUGGACCUUCAAAGCCCAGAAGGAGGGGAAGCAGGACUGUAAGCUUUUGCUGAGCACGAUUUGCCUGGGGGAGAAAGCCAAAGAGGAGAUGAACCUGGUGGAGAUCCUGCCUCCAGGAAGCCAUGAAGACAGGAAGAGGAAGCCCAUCAUCCUUGCCUCCCUUCGGGCCUCUGUCCUCCCCAUGGUCGUCCUGGCGGGGUUGGAGCUCUCUCCUCCAGUCACCUUCCACCUCCGGGCUGGCUCUGGACCCGUGUUCCUCAGUGGCCAGGAAUGUUACGACCUACCCUGGGAGGAGGAGGAAGAGGAAGAGGGCCUGGAGGAGGAGGAGGAGGAGGAGGAAGAGGAGGAGGAAGAUGAUGACGAUGACGAUGAUGAUGAUAUAGACUCGUCCCUAGAGAAGGAGACCCGGGUCAAACAAGUCAAGAGGCUGGCGCCCCAGAAGCAGACAAGCGCUGCCAAGAAAAAAAAGGUGGAAAAAGAAGAGGAGGCAGCGAGAUACAGUCUUAAAGACAGGAGCCCUCUGGGCAAGGCCAAAACCACAAUCAAACCUAAAAAGCCAGGAUCCAAGAAAUGAGGAGCCAGGAGUGGCCUGGCCUUAGUGACCGAGAGCGAGCCCGCGAGACCUCCAUGCUGAGUCUGUGAUGGACGUGUUUCGAGGAAACACAGGAGCACCUCACCCCAACUCUUGGUUUCAGCAGGACCGGGGGGGGGGGGGGGCGGGGAAAGCCCCGACCUGAGGGC